AUGGACAAUUCAGAUCAAACCAAUCCACCAUUCCAUCCAACCAUUCAUCCCAAAUACUCCAUUCCAUUCAAAAAGCCACUCUACUUCAAACUCAAAGGUGUGAUUGCCCAUAAAGUCAACCCUAUCACUCCAAAGCUCCCCCUCUUCCUCAAAAACAUACAUGUCACAACAAAUCAGAAGUUGUUUGUCAUCGCUAUUAUUACCACUUACGUAGUGCAAAGCACAUUAGGUAACUACUAUUUUCACUUUUUUAGAGGUUGUUGGUUGA